AUGAUUGCUCUUCUCUACCUAGUUGCAACAUCAAAACUUCGAUCACGUUUUCCGUUUCUUGCUGGUUAUCUUGAUUAUAUGAAUUAUUCCAUGAAUAAAACAUCAUUUAUUAUCUAUUAUAAUACAUGCACAUUUACAAACACAAUAUUGUUACGUUAUGUUGGAACGUUUAUUUUUAUUGCUGGUUUAUUUUCAACAAUUUUAAGUAUUUGUGUAUUUACACGAAAACCAUUGAGAAAUAAAUCAUGUUGUUACUAUUUUCUAAUAUUAGCAAUUAGUGAUUGUUUUCAUUUGUUAACAAUAACAAUUGAAUUAACAGCACCACAUGGUCUAAAUUUUGAUUUAAUGAAAUUAAAUUCAUUUUUAUGUAAACUUUUAAUAUUUUUUAUCUAUUAUUCAUCACAUUUAUCAAAUAUGGUAUUAACAUUAGCAUCUAUUGAUCGAUUUUUAUUAAUUUAUUGUUCAAUAAAAUCAAAACGUUUUUGUAAUAUUCAUACAGCAAAAUAUUUUGUAUUAUUUUUUGUCAUUAUUCUUAUAUUUAUUAAUGGUCAUUUGUUAUACGGUUUUACUCUAAUAAAAAUUUCUCAUUUUGAAAAACAUUAUGAUUGUCAUAUAAGUAAUAAAUUUUAUCUUAAAUUUUAUGUUUUUUUUGAUACUUAUGUUGAAACAAUAUUUUUUUGUGUAAUACCAUUUAUAAUUAUGACCGGUUGUUCAAUAAUGAUUAUUAUUAAAAUUUUACAAACAAGACGAACUGUUCAAUAUAAUUCAAAUAGAUAUUAUUAUUAUUAUUAUUGUUGUUGUUUUAAAACACCAACAACAAUUUGUUUAUCUAAUGGUGAUUCAACUACAAUUAAAAAUACCAUGCAACGAAAAUCAAAUCGUCGACGAGAAAAAGAUAUACAAUUAAGUUUUAUGUUAAUUGGAACAUCCAUUGCUUUUAUUCUUUUAACAUUACCAGCAGAAAUAAAUGAUCAUUUUUCAUUAAUACAACCGCAUACAUGUCCAUAUUGGUUUCAAAAAGUUUUAUUUAUAUUAAUGCAACAAACAUAUUAUGCUGGACAUUUUUAUAUUUAUUUACUUACUGGUCAAUUAUUUCGAAAACAUUUAAAACAUCUUUUAUGUGGUCGAAAUAGACGACAUUCUCAUCAUUCAUCAAUGAAUAAUACAAAUAAACGAACAACAGUAAGUGAUAUAACACAAACAGAUUAUAGAAGAUGUAGUGAACAACAGAGAAUGUUUAUUCAUCAUGAUCAACGAUUAACAGAAAGACAGAGACGAAGUUUACCAGUAAAAUAUUUAUAA